GAAUCACAUUCAAUAUCGAUACAGGUAUGACUCAAAUGUUUGCAUCAUUUUAAAUUGAUUUAGAAGCAAUAAAUAAAAAUAUAUAAAAUUAUUAAUGAAUUUAAAAAUUAGUUAAUAGCGAUUAUAUAGAUAUCCAUGAGAUAAAAUCCUAAAUCCGUCACCCCACUCAAUUAGAAGGGAUUGAACAAAGGUAAAUCAAAUUCGACUUAUUCUGGAUUACUUCUAAAUCAAUUUAAAAGGAUGAAAUUCACUUUAAAUUGAUAGAUUUUUAGUGGCACCCUUUGCACCACACGUAUUUGUAAUUGGGGACAGGUAGAAAAAAAUUCAGAAUCCAGCUAAGGAAGAUAAAAACUCUAUGAUAUUUUCAUUAGAAAGUAAAGUAGAGCUCCAUAUAUAUUAUAUUGUAUUGAUGAUGCAUAGGCAGAAAGGCAGGUGUGUGGACCAUAAUAUUUUUAUAAUAAGGCGCGCGGAACACGUUGCUUCCUGGAAGCUUCUGAAUUUCUUUCUGCUCCAUUUUAAUGGUUUUUGUAAUCUAUUUCUUUAUUAUAUAGAAAUAAAAAUAGAAAAUCAAAAACAAAAAUAAUAUUAAAUACAUUCUAAUUUUUCAGUGGUCUUAGAACCAUAGAUGUACUGAUAAUAAAAAGCAGAUUAAUAGUUUAUUACAACAUUCAUUGUCACUAUUAAAUUAAAUGACUAAUGUGUACCCACUUGGCCCUCCCCUCUUUCUUUAUAACUGCCAUUUCUGUGUGUGAGUGUGAGGGUUUUGGUUUUGAAGGGUUUUGGAUUUUGGUGGAGUAAAAGAUGAAAGCCGCCUGCUAUCUGCUCCAGCUUGCCUUCAUCUUCAUCGCCUUCUCGCAGUCGCGGGCCAGAUCAAUCAUUCCGCGCCCUCACCCACUCGGAUCCUUCGAGAUCAACACUACCCACUCCCAGAAUGCAGCGACCUGUUCCUUCACCGUGACCAUAAAGACAAGCUGCUCUUCACCCUCCUAUACCCGUGAUCAAAUCAGCAUCUCAUUUGGCGAUGCUUAUGGCAACCAGGUGUAUGCGCCGAGAAUCGAUGAUCCGUCGACGAGGACCUUCGAACGGUGUUCUUCAGACACGUUUUAUUUGUACGGGCCGUGCACGUACCAGAUCUGUUAUCUGUAUCUGUACCGGAGCGGACGGGACGGGUGGAAACCGGAGACCGUGACGGUCUACGCUUACAACAGUAGCCCUGCCACAUUCUAUUACAACACCUUCAUACCACGGGAUGUUUGGUUUGGAUUUAAUCUUUGUUCUGCUUCUUCUUCUUCUAAAUCCGCAAUGUAAUCUUGCGAUGGGUCUGGACUCUGGUUCCUCUGGACAGCUCUCUGUUUGUGAACUCUAGUGCGUAAAUAAAAGUCUGCUUUUGGUACAUUAA